CAACAUAAUGGUGAUAUGAACUCAAUGACUCACAACGCUACUUCUUAUCUGCAAUCAUUAACUAUCAAUCAAGAUUUGGUAUUCAAAGCAUUAAAGAGACUAGACCAAAAAAAAGGUGCCGGUUCAGAUGCAAUACCGCAUGUAUUUGCCAAAAAAUGUGCUAAGGAAUUAUGUUAUCCAUUAACUGUUAUAUAUAAUUUAUCACUUAAACAAAGUAUUUUUCCAUCAGCUUGGAAGGAGUCGAUCAUAGUUCCAAUUCCUAAAACGGGCGACGCGAAUCUGAUCAACAAUUACCGACCUAUAUCAAUCCUAUCUGUUUUUGAUGACCUUAAAAUUCUGAGAACAAUUAAAUCAACCACUGAUAGUACUCUUCUCCAAAAGGACAUAAACUCUUUGGCAGAAUGGUGUAACAUCAACAAAAUGAAACUUAACUCAGAAAAAUGCUACCAUAUACGAUUUAGCAGACAUAGAAGUAGAGGCAUUAUUGCACCCAGUUACCAGAUUAAUAAUCAUAUCUUAGCAACAGUAGAUAAAAUAAAAGACUUAGGUGUUUAUUUCGAUGCAAAACUUAAUUUUCACGCCCACUUCAACAAUAUAAUUAAUAACGGUUUCAAAAUGUUGGGCUUUUUACUGAGAACUUGUAAAAAUUUUAGGAACCCUCUCACAAAAAUUACCCUCUUUAAUGCCCUAGUCAGAAGCAAAUUAGAAUAUUGCAGCGUAAUAUGGAAUCCAAAAUACAAGAUUCAUAUUAACAAUAUUGAACGCAUUCAAAAAAGAUUUUUGUGGCAUCUAGCGUAUAGUUGCAACGUAGCCAAAAAAAUUCGUAGUUACUCAGAACGUCUUGAUUAUUUUAAAAUACGAACACUUUAUCAGAGGAGGAAGGUUUUGGAUCAGGUCUUUUUACAUAAAUUGGUGAAUGGGUCAAUCGAUUGUGCGUCAUUGGUAUCUCAGCUUAACUUUAAAGUUCCAGUCAGAUUGCCUAGAAAUUCUAAUAAUAUGCCGUUCCAUACAAAAUUCCACAAUAGUAAUCUAGGCCAUUAUUCAGGCAUUUCUCGCCUUACCAAAGAAUAUAAUAAUAUAGUUUCUGGCAAUAAUAAGACUAUUGACAUUUUCUCAAAUACUGUACAUAAAUUUAAAAAGGAAUUGCUCUCGAUUGAACCUUUGCCAAAACCCAGUUGAUCAAAUGUAGUUUUCUUUUAACAUUAAUUUGAUUAUUUUGCCGUCAAAAUUGGAUUUAUGUUUUAUGUAUUAUGUAUAUGUGUAUUUUUUACCUAAUCUGCAGUUAGCUGCAGACUGUGUGUCUUAGAUUUGGAUUUAAUGUUGUAUUUGUUAGUGGUGGUUGCCUAUAAUUGUGACAGCACUAUGUCUACGAUUGUAAUUACUUUAAUGCUUUUAUCUCUGUAUCAGUGUAUGUCAUGUUGGUGAUCCUUAAUGAAAUAAA